AGUCAUUCUGGAGGGAAGUGGAGAGACUCUGGACUCCCCCUCCCCUUGUUGUUACUGAAGACAAACUAGCCGCCAUAUUAGUCUUGGGGAUUGCAGUUCACGGGGGAGAGAAGGACGGAUUGGCACUCUCUGGAGAAGAAGAGCACAAAUGGUUUCUUUAGCUAAUAGAUAAUUACAGUCAGAUCUACCAGUGAGCCUCCGGCCUUGAAAACUGACAAGAGUGUCUGAAACCCCCGUCCAGCUCUCCAAUGGCCAGCAACAACACCGCCAGCAUAGCACAAGCCAGGAAGCUGGUAGAGCAGCUGAAGAUGGAGGCCAACAUCGACAGGAUAAAGGUGUCCAAGGCGGCUGCGGACUUGAUGGCCUACUGUGAGGCACAUGCCAAGGAAGACCCCCUGUUGACCCCAGUCCCGGCCUCAGAAAAUCCCUUUCGGGAGAAGAAGUUCUUCUGCGCUAUCCUUUAAGUCUCUGAGAGGAGGCUGAAGAGCGCCGGGGCUCCUGGGACAUUGGUGUAGAGUUCCUAACAAAGUGGGCGCCUUUCUCGUCCGCAGCAUUUAAAGAGAGGAAGGAGAACCAUCCUGGACACUCCGGGCUGUGCAUGUUUAACGAACUGUCCCCUUAUGAGAAUGGAAGCUGAUUUAACGUCCCAACUUUAGAGAUCUGACCCAGCAGACCUGCCUGGAGGAGGGGAAUGUAUAGAAAAAAAAAACAAAAACAAAAAAACAAAAUCGAUGUCACUUCUUUUCUGCUAUCCCUCUAAAACCUUACAUUUCUGCUUCAUAUUUAAAAACAAAAUAAACAUUAAAGCCGGUGUCCUGAGCUGAGAUAUGGCUGACCUUCUGGGAAUGAGAAUUGUCUUUCAAAUACCCUCUGAUAAGCUGUCGUCCCAUGUAGCCACAGUUCUGUUGAGUGACAUCCAUGUUUAGUCCUUCGUGCCUUUCCCUUUCCCUUCCCUUUCUCUUUCUGUACCCCUCCCUGUUAGUGUACUGUGGAGAGAAGGCUGGGUUUGUGUGUUACCCUGAACUCUAAGGAUGAGUGAAUAGCUGAGACGGUUAGAAAGAUGUUCCCUAUGAUAUUUCUUCACAAGAAUAAAAAAAAGAAAGAAAGAACACACACACAUACACCACACACACCACACACACUCACACAAUGCCGGCUAUCUGUGUUCUCUUACCACUCUUCUUAAUAUUUGUAUAUGAUAGUUUUGAUUCUGCAAGUAAAAGUAAAUCAUGUGUUGUGACUGGUGCUUUCAUGUCUUUGUGGUAGUUUUUGAGUAAUAAUACUGCAUGAAAAUGUCCCCAUGUUGCAUCCAUUCAGAAGUUUUGUUGUUCAGCUGGAAAGCUAAGAAGAGAAGUGAAAGAGAAAAAGAUUGGGGGGGGGGGUCCUCUGUAUUUUGAAAACUGAGAUCACUUCAGCGCCUUAGUCAUCCUGAAAUACCUCCUAGUUAACUGUGGUGUCAGCGCCCAGACACAGAUUUUCCCCAAUCCACAGCGUUUGAGCAGCACAGUUACUCCGUACUGGAGACAGGACAGGGAUCCACCAUGACUUAGGAAGGCACUGUCAGAAUAGCAACCCGUUCCCACUUUCCAGGAACCGUGGAAAUCAUAGGCAAAAGAAUAUUGUCCCUGUUCAACACUAGAAACCUAUGGCCCUCAUUAGCUCAAGUGUCAGAAGAAAUAAACCCCCCAGCUUCAAAGAAGGUGGCCACCCCCAGAACACCCGCUGCUGGAGAGACAAGUCCCCCAGACACACUGAGCAGCCCCCUCAGCUGGCUCUUCUUCCCACCGACAUGGUCCUCACUUUUCACACCCCGAAAAGUUCGAAGCAAUCAUUGCUUUGCGCCCUGUUGGUCAGAGCCUCUCUGCCCUAUUUACAGCUUCCUUUGGCUAGCGCUCUCUUCCCACAAUAAAACACUGAGAGCGGUGUUUUGGUUUUGGGGUGUUUUGUUUUGUUUUGUUUUUUGUUGUUGUUUUGAUUUUUUGUUUUGUUUUUUGGUGUUUUUUUUUUUUUUUUUUUGGUGGUGGUUUUUGUUGUGUUGUUUUGUUUUGUUUUGGGUGGUGUUUUGUUUUGGGUGGUGUUUUUUUUCACUGCAGUUGUAACCUCCAUAGGUAAUGAAAGGUUCUGGGAGACUCCACAAGCUUUCUGCAUUCUUCCCAGUCAAAGAGGGCCUUCUGUACAUCUUGUUUGUUAUCAAAUCCUAAAAGACCACUACAGCCAAGUUAACUUUACUUUCUCCUCCUACCAUCCUCUUCCUCAUUUUUAAAAAGAGUGUGUGGGGUGGUGGGGUGGGUACCUGGAGGGAAGAGAAGAUAAAAAAGAUUUCCUAUUUAUAGCAAGGACCCAUUUUGAAAUAGAUUUGGUAAAUAUUUUUCUCUUUUAUGGGUUUUCGGUAAAGGAAUAAAUAUGUCCAUUUAAAAUUUAUGCCUGAGGUGGGAAGAUGAGGAUAUCAGAACAUGUCUCAAUGCAUAAAUGCGAUUUUGUAACCAGGAACUCUCUUCUGGUCAGAUCUUGGGGGUUUGUUAUUGUGGGACACUCAGGAAGAUUUAGUGGUUGAAAUAAAAAGCUGUGGGUCUUUACAGAACUCUGCUGUUGUGCAAUUGAGAGUACUGUGGAAUCAGCUAAAAGUGUCACACAUUUCAAGUGAGCUGAAACGUGAGUAUGUGUUCACACGUCAACUAGGGGCACUCUUUGCUGGUGAGUGGCAUCACUAGAAGGAUUCUGGACUUCUGUGCAAAUUUAGACCUCUGAAGCAAUUAAAGUGGAAUCACAAUCUUCAGAGCACACCUUGUACAGGUCUAACAAUUAAAAAUUAAGGGUUUAUGAAUUACUCAUGAGCAUGCUUACAGAAUGAGAAAGCAGAAAAUGCAUUCCCCUUCUGAAAGGAAGUUUCAGGAAAAUAUCUUGUCUCUUUCACAAUUUCAUAUCCUUCGGUAUGGAGCUAUAAUCAGAAUCAGUUUUACUUAUUGAUGUUUGUAUUUAUUAAAGGGGAAAAAAGUUUUGUUUACUUGGGUCUCCAAAGAGCUUAGUUCUUUUGGAAUGUCAACUAUCAUUUUCAUCAGCAUAAUUUUAUCUUAGGUAACUAAUAGGAAACUUCAGCUAAGUUAUUUAGGGCCCUCAUUUCUAUAUGCCUGGAUAAUAAUUAAAAUCUGCAAUGGAAUUAGGAGAUAAUAAAUGUCAUACUUAUAAUGCAAUGUCUGUUAAAUGCAAUGUCUGUUAAAAUACUUGAACCAUUUUCAAUACCAACUCCAAUUUAAGAUGUUUUUCAAUUUGAAAGCAAGUAAGAUAUAACUUAAAUCAUCAUCAGAUUUUAAAAAAUUAAUCAUAUUUUCCCUCAUAUGCUUGUAUUCACAUAAUGAAUUUUGAGUAAAUCAAGCCAAUGGUCUUUAGGAGAUUUUUAUACUUUUUUCUUUUUCCUUAGUGUUUGUUUCUAGCUGCUCCUGGAAAUGAUGGAUAUCAUGUGUAUAUUACUGUCUCAUAGCCCAACAAUUGUUCAGAUCUCCACACUUCCUGUAUAAGAUCUCUGGAAUGUGUCUUUAAAGAGAAGGGAACAGAAACAUUGGGUAUAGGGGGGUGGGGGGCUUGUUGCGUUUUGGGUUGGGUUUUUUUUUUUUUUUUCAAUUUUUCAAGACAGGGUCUCACUAUGUAGCUCUGGCUGUCCUGGAACUUGUUCUGUAGACCAGGCUGGCCUUGAACUCAGAGAUCCCCUGCCUCUGAUUCUCGAGUGCUGGGAUUAAGGGUGCAAGCCACCAUGCCCAGCUUAGAAAUGUUAAAGCAGGAGAACCUGAAUGUAGUGUGCACAUCUUUAUCCCACAUGAACCGUGUAUUUGUUAUAAUAAAUGGAAUUUUCAGAUGCA